AUGGCUGAUUUCUUCGACAUACCCACUUUGACAUUCCUGGUCUCCACAGUCACCCAACAAAACGUCGCUCUUGACGAAAGGCUCAAAUCGAAAUCCCAAGAGCACAACGACUUCAUCGAGAAGGCCAAAGUAGCUGAAGCCAGUGUCCUCAAGAUUCAAGAAGAUUUGGAGCUUGAGAGACAAGUUUGGAAAGAUGAAAGCCUGAAAUUGAAGGAAGAUCUUCGACUCAAAUCGACUCGACAGGGUAUGCAUUUCAGAAUGAAGAGCCAGUUCGACGACGAAGAAGAAGCCAUCAUUGAUAUUCAUGACGUCGAUGAACCUAUAUCGACCGAAGAAACUCCUUUCCAAGAUGGCCACAUCGACGGUCACGAUCCCGUUGCUGUUCGAACGUGA